GGACCAGCAGUAAUGCAGUGUGAAUGAGGGGCUUUGAUUUGAUAGGGUGAGGAGAGACAUAAGGUGACUAUGGAGCACACAGGGAAGAUCUUCUUUUAUGAGGAAAAGAACUUCAAGGGUCAUCACUAUGAAUGCAGCGGUGACUGUCAUGAACUCAGCACUCACUUCCAGCGCUGUAACUCCAUCCGGGUGGAGAGCGGGGCUUGGGUCAUUUAUGAGAGACCCCAAUACAAGGGCUACCAGUAUGUCCUCAACAGAGGGGAGUACCCCAGCUACCAGAGCUGGAGCGGCUUCAAUGACACCAUCCGCUCCUGUCGGCUUAUCAGACAUCUUUCUAGCAUGCACAAGAUCCGCAUCUACGAACGUCCAGACUUCAGCGGCCAGAUGUUCGAGCUGAGCGAGGACCUGCCCAACCUGCUGGACCACUGGCGCUAUCGUGACAUUCACUCGGCUCACGUCCAGGACGGUUGCUGGGUUUUCUAUGAGCAUCCAAACUACAGGGGGCGCCAGUACCUGCUGGAGAAGGGCGAAUACAGACGGUACCCAGACUGGGGGGCCCAGCAUCCAUCUGUGGGCUCCAUUAGACGUGUUGUGGACAUAUCUUAAACCUUCCUGUUUCUCACCUUCCUCCACCCAUUACCCUGACUGACAUUACUCACCUGCAAAUAAAAGCACACAAACUGCAGUCGAA